AUGGCUAAACCGACGCACGCGAUCGUCUUUUUCACCCAGUCGAAGACAGCUGAUAUAGUAAAGCUAUCAGCUAUUUCUGGCGACUGCACAGUCAACAAAACAGCCAAGGUAGUAUAUAUCGCUUCAAAGGCCGAAUGUGAAGAGAAGAUAGUGGAUGUUACUGAAGACGGCACUAUUCUGGAGAGGUUCUUCACCGUUACAGAGAGCACCGUUUCCAAUGCUGCUACGAAUUGCGCUGAUGGUGAAAACAGCGACUCCGUGCUGGAAGCAAUCAAUCGGAUGAAGGCAAGCACGGAUGAGCUGAUGGAGCAGGUGAUGCUGAUGAGGAGAACUACAGCCGGCGCUCUACGCGAUUUUGAGAUCAAGAUGCAAGGCUGCUUCGCUCGUUUAGAGCGACGCAUGACUUCCUUGGAGGCGUCAAUGGAAGAAAUCAAAUUGAAGGAGAGAAAUGAAACGGCAGAAGACGGUAUAGACUACUCAUACCUCUCUCGAGAUCGUGUCGAAGCCCUGCUCUCUUUGAAGUGCGGCUCAAUGACGAAGUUUGCUCUCGCACUAGAGCAAGAACUAUACAAAGACCGCGUUUCGGAAUUUCGACUAAAUGUGGAAAACAGAACGUUAACGGCAGGAAGAGUGCAGUUCAUACGAGAGGUAAUCUUCAAAUACUUCAACGUGUCGGAGUCUUCGAAGAAAGGUGUGUGGCAAACAGUGAAGAACGCCCUCAACGGCAGGGCACGCAAAGCACGCACUGGCGCCAGCAACGCCGAGCCUAUUCAGCAACAGGAUCCGUCAACUGUGACCACUGCGCUAAGGACUCCAUCUUGGGGAGAAGAGGUGUACACUUACGAUGAGGACUCCUUUGGAAAUCUUCUUGAAAUAUAA